GAGAAAAUAAUACAGAAGGUGAUUCUAAAAAGGAAAAGAAAAGCCUUAAAACCAUUUGCUAAAAAGUAAAAAAACAGCCUAGAAAACGAUGCCGUGUUAUUCGCAUAAGAGGGUUUGGAUUUUCAACCAGUGGUGAGUAAGAAGAGUGUAGCUUGUGACUUUUGUAUUGCAGAGAGAGACCAUUUCCAAGAUAGCAAAACGAUGCCGUGCCUCAAUCUCUCCACCAACGUCAACCUCGACGGCGUCGACACCUCUUCCAUCCUCUCUGAAGCUACCUCCACCGUCGCCACCAUCAUCGGAAAACCCGAAUCCUAUGUGAUGAUUGUACUGAAAGGAUCAGUACCCAUAUCUUUUGGUGGGACAGAGCAGCCAGCAGCUUAUGGAGAAUUGGUGUCCAUUGGCGGACUUGGCCCUGAUGUGAACAAGAAACUUAGUGCUGCAAUCGCCGCAAUUCUUGAAACCAAGUUGUCUGUGUCCAAGUCACGAUUCUUCUUGAAAUUCUAUGACACCAAGGCCCAUCAGAGUCAAGAAUAUGCACAGUGUUUGCAUGCUUUACAUCAGCAAUAGAUCAUGGUUCCAACUUUGGAUGGAAUGGGUCUACAUUCUGAAUUCCAUGGUAGUUUCGUUAUGGCGCCUUGAAUGUUGGAUGGAAGCUUCAUUAUGUUUCACUUCUGUUUUUAUGUCUAUAUUUAUUUUAGUACUUGGGUUUCUGGUAGUCUGUGAGUCAUGCAAAUCAAUUUCAUAAAUUGUAUGCACAAAUGGGGAUUAUGUGUGUUUAUGGUUCUUUUCGACAAACAUUAGCAAGCACCAUUUAAUAUGGACAUUUGUGUUGAUGAUGCAUUAUGUGUUAAACGUGAUACCUAGAUGAAAAUCCUUCUCAUGUUGCUUAUUAUUAAUAUGAUGCCAUAGUAGUUCUAUGAUA